GUGCGUGAGCGUGCGCGCCCCCGCCGCUUCUGCCGGUGCUGCUCCCGCGCCCUCUGCCGCUACCCCCGCCGUCGCUGCCGCCGCCGGGUCCCGAGGCACAGACCCGGCUGAAGAGCGCGUCGGCCGGCUGCCCAGGAGCGCCGCGCAGGGAAGAGCGGAGCCGCGGAGUCGGCGGGCGGGCGGGCGCACGGACAGACAGCGUGCCAUGGCAGACCAGAGACAGCGCUCGCUCUCUACCUCUGGGGAGUCCCUGUAUCAUGUGCUGGGGCUGGACAAGAACGCAACCUCAGAUGACAUCAAGAAGUCCUACCGGAAGCUGGCCUUGAAAUACCACCCUGACAAGAACCCUGAUAACCCGGAGGCUGCGGACAAGUUUAAGGAGAUCAACAACGCCCACGCCAUCUUGACGGACGCCACGAAAAGAAACAUCUACGACAAGUACGGCUCGCUGGGGCUCUAUGUGGCCGAGCAGUUUGGGGAGGAGAACGUGAACACCUACUUUGUGCUCUCCAGCUGGUGGGCCAAGGCCCUGUUCAUCUUCUGCGGGCUCCUCACCUGCUGCUACUGCUGCUGCUGCCUCUGCUGCUGCUUCAACUGCUGCUGUGGCAAGUGCAAGCCCAAGGCGCCGGAGGGUGAGGAGACCGAGUUCUAUGUGUCCCCUGAGGACCUGGAGGCGCAGCUGCAGUCCGACGAGAGGGAGGCCGCAGACACGCCGAUCGUCAUCCAGCCGGCAUCUGCCACGGAGACCACCCAGCUCACGGCUGACUCCCACCCCAGCUACCACACUGACGGGUUCAACUAAGUCCAGGAUCAGUCAGCUCCCGGCCACUCAACCUUAGAAUCAUGAACUGUAGUCACAGAGAUGGCGUGGGAGCCGCCCUGGCCCCAGGAGGGCCGCGCCGACCCGCCUCUGUGCCCGCCCAUCCACCCCCGACACAUGAAGUGCGUAGCAUGCAGUAUUUAAAGCAGUUUAGCUACGGUCUUCUUCAUCUUCUGUUGUUUCCUUUUUUAAUAGCAUGUAUGGGUUAUGUCCAUGUCUGUAUGUGUUGUGGGCGUGUUGCAGCCAGACCGCAUUCACCAGACGUGGGGCUGCCUCAGGACUCUCAGGCAGGUUGACGUGGUGGGUGGAUGGCCCUUGUGGUCCCUCACGGCCAGGUGGGCUCAGGCAGGAUGGGCACUCCGUUUCCUGUUUCCAUGGGGGCCUGAGGCAGGUGCUGCCUGAUGGAAGCUGUGGGGUCUGCUCCCUACCAUGUCAGCCUACCUUGUGGCCACAGGCAGAGCCUCUGGACUCACUUGACAGGAAGGCGCUGGGCCUGACUCGCAGCCCCAGGGUGUUGCCCUGUGGUACUCAUGCUCACCUUGUCUGCUUCGCCUAAUGGCAGGUAUUCCCAUAUCUGACCUGAGGCCCCUGUGCUUCGAGUGUGCUCCCUCCCCGGAUGGACCGUCCCUGCAGCCUUCAUGCUCCCCUUCCCUGCACUGCCCUCCACAUUCCUUCAGGCCCACCUGGCCUCUUCAUAAUCCUUUCUUGGACUUCCAAGAACCACAGAUGGUAUCAGCGGCCCAAUUAGUGGUAGUCAGAGGGGCUGAGUCCAGGCUGCCCGUGGUGAGUGGGCUGCAUAGCCCUCCUGCUUCCCGCCCCGCCCCAACCCCUCACCUCCAACCCACUUUCCUCCACCUGCUCCCUUUGGCCAUUGUGGAUGGUUUGGGCAGUUAGAGAUAUUGAGCUUAUGGAGGAAGGACCAGCUGGACCAAAGGCACACUCCGGGCAGAGAGUCAGUCCCAAGGAGGCCUCGGUGCCCUUGGCUCAUUCACCUGCAGCCAGACCACAGAAGCUCUCUCACCUCUGUCUCAGCACCACCUCCUGUGGACUGUUGGAAGCCAGUCUGUCUUGUCUGUGUCCAGCCCUGGGGAUAGUCCACCACUGUGAGGACAUGGAGACGUGCUUGUGCUGGGCCUGUGUCAGACCUGCACCUCCAGACCUGUGUGGCCCAAGCAGGCCUGCCUGGUUUCUGCAGAAUGAACCUAGUGACCACUGGACGACUCCUCAGUGUCCAGUGGGGGAGGCUGUGGGCAGGGGCUGCACGUGAGGAGGUCAGACGCACCAGGACACCCUCCCAGAGCCACUGUCCCCCACCCACCCGCCCACCCAUAGCCCCAGCUCACUCGCUGUGCUGUGCUCUGCAAUCACCAGGUCCAGAGGCACGUAAUGGUACUGUUUUAUUUGGGGUUUUGCCUGUGAAAAUGAUCGUGAAGACAUUCAGUGAGAGUUGAGAUAAAUGCACUGGUAUUAAAUUAGAAAUAACCUACUAAAAUCAGACUUCUUAAAAGAACAAGGAAUCGGUUAUUUGACCUGUCCUGGACCAGGGAGGAGGCUGGUCUUUGGUGCCAGCCCCAGGCAGACAGCAAGAAUUCAGCCUGAGAGCAGGCCCUAGUCAGCCAUCUUGUUUCUGGAAAUAGCUUAGGAAAUGAGUUGUUUUUCUCCAGAAUGGCCAAAAAACAAGUUCAAAGCUUGGACUCCAGCAGGCAGGCAGCCACCCCUUCUGCAGUGGCUGUGUUGUUGCUUUGUGGGUGGAAAGCUCUAAGACCCACCCCACACACGUCAGGGUGAGCCCCUUGUCAGGUGUGUCUCAGUUCCGGAAUCUUAACUGCUCGUCUGCUAGAAACGUGAUGAUCCCCUGGAGACCAGGGUGCCGUGGAAAAGGGGCAGGUCUGCAAGUUUGUUGAACCCAGUCUCCCACAGAAUUGCAAAAACCUAAUAAAUCAUGAUGACAAUGACGACAAUUCUCCUGGUGAUGGUAACGAUUACAUGAGGCCCAGGUCCCCAAGGAGCCAGCACCUGCUGGGUCUAGACCACGCCUCCUCACCUGACCCUGACUCGGGCCCUCCUGUGUGUCCACUUUGUUGAUCUGGAAGCAGAAAAAGUCUUCUCAGCACCUUCAGGCGCUCCCCGACUGGAGACCUAGGCCCCUGGCUGUGUUUCCCUGUUUCCUGUGGCCCGUGUUUCCCUGGUGAGCAAGGUGUUGUGUCUGGAGCGUCCCCUGUUCGUGUGUUCAGAGGGGGCGACCCUCUGCCUGCUGUGGUGGUAAAGAAGUGCUAUGGCUAGUGCUGGGGUGCCCUGAGGUCCUGCAGGGGCAUGGGAGUGGCUGAAGGGUGAUCAGAGGCUGGUGGCCUGUAGAUUUCUGUUUCUGCUUGGUGACGUGGUCUCUUGUCUUCCUUGGGUGUUAUUCUGUUUUCAAACUGCUUCAGACGUUACCGCUCGUGCGUGAGCCUUCCUGCUUCUCUGAUCAGUCGAGCAGCCAGCACCACGAGGAACCCACUAGGAAACAUGGACAUGGCGCUCCUGCUCCGGGUGGGGCGGAGGACCUGUUCCAGGGGAGAUGAGCAGCCUCCCUGGCACCUGGUGUGAGACCUUCAGUGAGUGGGUGGGUGCCCAGAGCCUGGGGGCCCUGUCCACCCUUCCCUGGCUCUCAGCAAGCCCUGCCAGGGACACAGCUUGCUUGCUGGGUGUGGUGAAGGGGCGUGAAAAGUGACUGAUCUCAUUCCUUUCCCAGUAUUCUGAGCUGUGAACUCAUGUGACACAGGACUCCUGUUUUGCUCUUUUUGGUUGUGACUCCUUCUCCUGUGGAAUUGGCAAAAGCUACAUUUUAACUGUCCUUUCAAGCACGGUUGGCGUUGUCUCUGCUGUAGGUGUGGGCAGUGUGUGUACAUAUGUGUAUAUGUAUAUAUCACCCAGCAGCGUGACUGCUGCCGUCCAGGGCGAAGCAACAGUACAAUAAACGUUGGCUCCAAAACUGCCUCUGGUUUCUUGAUCAGUGGGCAGGAGCAGGGCGUCUGGGCAAGCUGGCCCGCUGUGCACAGAAGGAAACCCCGACCCUGCUGUGUCCUGGGAUAGGUGUGGGUGGCAGGCCAGGUGUCGGCCUCUUGGGGUGGGGGGCAGGGCUGCCUCCUCAUCCCUGGGGACUCACCUGACCCCCGAGGUGAGUGUCUCAUGACCCUCAGACGUGGCUGGAAACCCCUCCCUCCUUUGAAACAUUAAAACCCAUUUUGUAGGCAUCAGAUACAACCAAUGACAAAGCUGCAUUGCAAGCGGUCUCUGUCCUGACCCCAGAUCCACCCAGAGGUUCCCUGUGAGGUAGGAGAUAGAUGGGCUCCAGCUUGCACAUUUAUUCUCCUACCUCACCUGGGGGAAGAGGCUGGGCCUGGGUCCUGUGCGCAGCAACUUCUGGUCAAUUUUGUCUCCUUGGAGAUGGGAUGGUGUUUCGGGUGGGCAAGGGAAGCAGUUUACACUGAAACCUGUAUACAUUGUGGUUAGAAGCUAAAUGCAGGUGCAUGGACCACGGUCGUCCGUGUGCUGGUUUGUCCUGCUGCUGGGGUCCAACCUCUGCCCUGAGCCCGUGCACACACCUGGGGCUGGGCUGGGGGAUCACGGAGGUUUCCCAUGGUGAUGGUCUCUUAUGUCUGAAUGUUGACCUAUAAUAAAGAUUACUUGUAAAAAAUAAAUGUUUUCACUGCA